AUGAAAAUGGAACUUCAAAGAACAAGGGAGUCGCUUACGCUUUCCUUUGUUGCUAAGUAAAAGUGAAUGUUCAUAUAUUGUUGUUAAAUAAAUACUGUAUUUUAUUCUCUACAUCGUAAUUUACAAAAUUCUAUCGCCUAUAUAUUUUAAUAAUGUCUUCCAUGGGGGCGGCCGAAGAAAUUGACGAGGCAAAGGAGCGCGCCCAUUUUCGAGCAGUAGUGAACGCUUUUAAAUAUUACAAAUUAUGCAGCCUCGAUAGGAUACAUAAAUCGGAGAAAAUAGUUUCUAUGCUCCAACCAAAUCACCAACGUCGCCUAGAAAAGUACAAAAGCUACCUCAUUAAGUUUAAAAAGUGUUUAGAUGUUAAUAAUAGUGUCGUACAUCUAAUAAUAAGGGAUGUAGAUACAAUGUUUGAAAAUGUGGACCACAGUAUUGAUGCAAACACAAACGGGAUGGAGAGCUUCGGCUGUAAUUAUAAUAAUUGUGAAAUACCAUCGCAGAAACAACAUAAAAUGCAGCAUGACGUUGAAAAGGUACAAUCGGUAUUAAAGAAUAUAGUUAGGGACUGGAGCGAUGCCGGAGCAGCUGAACGGGAACAGUGCUAUAAACCUAUACUCGAGGAACUAGAAUCGAGAUAUCCACCAGAAGAAUUUAGUGAUAGGUCACACAUCAAGGUGCUAGUGCCGGGCGCUGGUCUCGGCAGGCUGGCGUGGGAGAUCGCUGCCAGAGGAUAUUCGUGCCAAGGGAACGAGUUCUCGCUGUUCAUGUUGUUUGCAAGUAACUUCAUAUUGAAUAAAUGUCCUGAGGCAAACAAACAUACGGUAUAUCCCUGGGUCCACCAGUACGUGAACCACAUGACGAGCGAGCACCAGAUCCAGGCAGCUACGUUCCCGGACGUGCCGCCCGCCACCAGGCAUUCGCACUUCUCGAUAGCCGCCGGCGACUUCCUGAAGGUGUAUACGGAUUUGGAUGAAUGGCAUUGUGUUGCAACGUGCUUCUUCAUCGACUGUGCACCGAAUGUAAUUGAGUUCAUAGAGAGGAUAUAUGCAAUAUUACGUCCAGGGGGCUAUUGGAUCAACCUGGGACCACUGCUGUACCACUAUAGUGACAUGCCAACAGAAAUCAGUAUCGAGCCACCAUAUGACAUUUUAAUGGACAUCAUAAAGGAUGUCGGGUUUGAGGUUUUGAAGGAACACACCGGUGUUAAAACGAAAUACGCACAAAAUCCAAAUUCGAUGAUGCAACACGAAUACAAAUCUGUAUUCUUCGUGUGUAGGAAACCUUUCCCGACAUAAAAAGUAUUAUUAUUAUAAAUGGUUAAAACUGGUUAUAAUCACACUAAUUAAACGGUCUGUUAGUUGAUUACAUUUUCAUGUAGUUCUAUAGCGUAAACCAAUCACAGGACGAGUAAAUGAAUUGACAAAUUUGACCUUGAAUUGACGUGAUUUCAUUGGUCGAGUCUGAUUAAUCUAAGAUAUUCAUUAUGGAUUCACAAAAACAUGACGUUUUGAAUGUCGGCGAAGUUAAAUUACAGUGGAUAUUAGUAGUUAUGUUGUAUUGUAAAUCAAAUAUAACCUAAUCGAGAAUUGUUUGCAGUGAAUAGUAAAUAAAAUCGCACGGAAUACGUAAAUUUGUUUGUUAAAUAUUUAUUCCUUCUUUGAUUGGUGUAGGCUGUAGUUGCAAUAAAUUUAUCACAAUGAAGGACUCCGUUACUUUUGUUUGUGAUCAUACUAAAUAAAUGUCCUAAGUUCAUAUAAAAACUCAUAUAUUUAAUCCAUUCAUUAAUUGGACAACCCAAGUAUAUAUUCUUCGCCUUCACUAUAUCUUUCCGGGAUGAAAAAUAUCUUAACUAACAGCCAGCGUAUAACAUAUAUCGUCAUAAUAGUUGUAAUGACGUUAGUGCAAAUUUCUAAUACUGUAAAAUAGGCUUUAUUGUCAUUUUACUGAAUAAUGUUAUGAGUUUUUGAAUUGAACAUAGUGCAUGUCAUUAAAAUAACUCAAAAAUAAUUUAAAUAAAACCUCAGAACAGUCUUUGUUUUCUACGAUGACGAUAUAUGUAUCCAUUGAAUUUGUAAUUUAAUAUUAAGUCAGCAUUAAUAUAUCAGCUCUAAAAUAUUGAUUUAUCCCAAAAUUUUUGCUAAUAUCACUCAGGAUGCUAUUAGGAUUCUGGUGAUAAACUAUACAUCCAAACCUGAAGCGUUUAAUACUAAUGGUGAAAUAAAGAAACUGAAGAAACCCAUCUACAUACAACAUAUAAAACAUUUCUCCCCUUUUUUUGCAGUCGUGUUAUAUAUGUAUGCAAAAAAUUUCAUCCAUCCAUUGCUGUGUAGAACAGGAAGGAACUGACUGGAAGUUUUUGCAUAUUUAAUGUUAGAAGAAUGUACGUCCACAUUAAAACAAAUUUCUGAUUGUUUGAAAAUUAUUUACUACAUAUAAAGUAUUAAUUAUGUUGUCUCAGUAUUUAACUAACCUUAUGUCAUGGUACAUUAAUAUAUAGCCUAUUCCAAUGGAAGUAGGAGAAAACAAAAACAAACCUUAGAUUUAUGUAUUUCAUGCGAUUUGCUAAUAACUCAGCUAUAUUGUGCACUACUAAGAAUUUAUGAUUAAUUUACCAUUAUUUAUAAUACAACACACUAUUACGCUUAACUACUUAUUUCCACUUAAUUUUACUUCCAAAAUUCCGAUAACAAUUUCUUCGACGUUCAUAAUCAUAACGCCAUUUUUUCGCAAAUCCAUAGUGAAUAUCAUAGACAAAUCAAGCUCUCAACCAAUGACAUCGCGUCAAUUUGCUGUCAAAUGUUGUUUAUUUGGCGUUUUCCUGUUAUGAUUGGAAUAGAGUAUAUGUUAUAUUCCAAUGGUAGGCGGAGAUAUAAACAAACCUUGAAAUGACAUGACGUUAUUGGUCAAGAUCUAAAAAAAUCUGUGGUACUAAAUAAAUUGCUUAUCCAUAGUUAGUUGGAACAGUGUUGUAUUAUAAAUAAAGAUAUAUUUUUUAAUCAAGAUCUGUCUGUAUCUGAUGCAUAACAUAGCUGAGCUAUUAAUAAUUUAUAUGGAAUAUGCAAAAUUUAUGGUUUGUUUAGCUUUAAUUCUGCCAUUGGAAUAUAUCAUGAGAUUUACUUGUUUACAGAUACACAAAAUUAAAAGGUAUUUUAUUGGUGACAAAGAAUGACAAAAUAGUAUGCAUGCUCAUAAAUUUGUUACUUGUUUAAGUAUAUAUUUCGUUUAAAUUAUAUAAUUGUUGAUUAAGUUUUUUUUUUAAACCGUUCGGCUCAGUAGUUUGAAUCUUAUCCAAUAUGACAGGAUUUAUUCUAAGCUAUAUUGGUGUGCUUAAUUUGUGUUGUGUACAAAACAGCAAUAACUCAGUGUUGUCAUUUGGUGGUAAUGUUCUGGUUUGAUGGGACAUUAAACUUAGUUCCCAGGGUUUACCACCGACCAUCAGGUGGCCUAUUAGCCAGUCUGCCUAUUUUAAAUUAAAAAUACGUAAUAGUCGGCCAAUGAGCGUUGAGAUUAAAGUGAAAUCUGAUUGUGA